UUCACUGUCUUCCAGUUUCAGUUCAGAGAGAGAAUCAAUGGAACUAACGAACAAUUUCUUCGUUGUUUUUGUUUAUACUGUUAAAUAGUUUUUCUACUCUUUCCAUUCAUCUCUGACCUGGCCUCCUUCCUCCGGAGAGAGAGAGAGACAGAGAGAGGGAGAGAUGAUAGUGAAGAAGGGGCUGGGAGAGAUGGCGUUCAACAAAGGCGGCGGCGCCAUCAACUGGUUCCCCGGCCACAUGGCCGCCGCCACUCGCGCCAUCCGCCACCGCCUCAAGCUGUCCGAUCUCGUCAUCGAAGUGCGCGAUGCUCGCAUACCAUUGUCCUCUGCAAACGAAGACCUCCAACCAAUGCUAUCCGGCAAAAGGCGCGUCAUCGCUCUCAACAAGAAGGAUUUGGCCAAUCCCAAUAUUAUCCAUAAAUGGAUUCGUUAUUUUGAUACGUGCAAGCAGGAUUGCCUUCCCAUCAAUGCUCACAGCAAAAGUUCUGUUAAGAAGCUUCUUGAUCUUGUGGAGUUCAAAUUGAAGGAGGUUAUUGUUAGGGAACCUACACUCCUUGUUAUGGUGGUUGGUGUUCCUAAUGUUGGCAAAUCGGCUUUAAUCAAUUCCAUUCAUCAAAUUGCAUCAUCACGCUUUCCUGUGCAGGAGAAGGUAAAGCGUGCUGUAGUGGGUCCGCUGCCUGGUGUUACCCAAGAUAUUGCUGGAUAUAAGAUUGCCCAUAAGCCUAGUAUAUAUGUUUUGGACACACCAGGAGUGUUGGUUCCAAGUAUCCCAGACGUAGAAACAGGGCUGAAGCUAGCUCUAGCAGGAUCCGUGAAAGAUUCAGUGGUAGGUGAGGAAAGGAUUGCUCAGUACCUGCUAGCAGUUUUAAAUACUCGAGGCACUCCCCUCCAUUGGAAGCACCUAGCUGAUAGAAGAAUCGAGGGGCAUCUGCGUGAACCUGAUGGGAAACAUGAGUUCAAUCUGAAGGAUCUUCUACCAAAACAGAGGAAGCCCAUAGAUAGAUCUGACGUGCACUACAUCGAGGAUCUAGUUACUGAAGUGCAACGCACACUUUUUGUAAGUCUCUCAGAAUUCAAUGGUAGUCUGGAAGAUGAAACUGACUUGGAGCAUCUCAUAGAGAAGCAGUUUCAAGCUCUUCAGAAGGCACUGAAGAUACCUAACAAGGCAUCGGAGGCUCGCACAAUGGUAUCAAAGAAGUUCUUGACAUUGUUUAGGACAGGUAAGCUUGGUCCUUUCAUCCUUGACGAAGUGCCCAAUCACUCUGAUUCUGUAUCUUGAAAUCUCCUUGCCAUGUAGAUUCUCAGUUUAAUGAAUUAUUGCCCAUGUUGUACUAUGAUAACAUCUACAGCAUAUUUCCUUUCAUUAGAUUGCCUUCUUGAGGAAUUGCUAAACAAAUGGAUAAACAAAUGAAUACCAUCUGCCAAA